CGGAAGUAAAUAAACCUUUUCGUUGACUUGAACGUUGGUUUCUCGCGGAACAUUUGUCAAAAUGUUGACGAAGGCACCCAAAUUGAAAUAUAUAAUCAAAAGGAAAUCGAAGAAUAACAUAAAUGUGAGGCCGACAUCAGACCCGAUGAUUGAACUCCUAGUGCUGCUGUUUCUGAACAGCCUGGCGGAGGAGGCGAAGUCCAAAGCUUUUGAGGAGAAAUCUGCAAAGAUCAGCGCUCAACAUCUCAAAGCGAUCUCCAAGAAAAUGCUGAAAAAAUCCCGGGGAUGAAGACGGCGAAGUACGUCAUCGUCAUUUUUAUGAACAUGAUCAGUGACGGUAGCAUUUUUUUAUUUACUGAUUAUAUAAUGUUUUCAUCAACAUUUUUUAUUUUUGUGUUUGUUUAAAAAAAAUGUUUAUCCUCUGUGUAUCUGAUAUCCUGUCAUGAGAGAUUUUUGUUCUUUAUUAAAUUCUUCUUGAUCUUAUAAUUGCU